AAUAAUAUGCAUAUUAAAAUAAGGUGGAGUGUAUACAUCAAAAUCGUAAAUCAAUUCAAGCUUAUAAUUCAUUGCAUCAACCAGUGAUGCAACCUACGGUGCUGUCUAACUUUUGGCCUAACCCACCACUCCGCAGUAAAUUUUACUGAAAAAUCUAAAGGAGUGUAUUUUAAAAAAGCGACACCUCCGAACGGACUCUCUGCUCCAGCAUAAAACCCCCACUCCCUUGCUCCACUUCCCACUCAAACUUCUCAUCCCUCCUCUUCUUCCAUCCCCAAAAUGAGACCCCUGGUCCUUCUCUUCUUCCUCUCCCUCCUUCUCUUCCCUCUCUUCACCGUCGCCGGGGACUGCGACUGCUCCCCCGACGACGAUGGCCGAGACAAGUCGAAGGCCCAGCCACUCAAAAUCGCGGCCAUCUUCUCCAUCCUCAUCUUCGGCGCCAUCGGCGUCUGCCUCCCGAUCUUCGGCAAAUCAAUCCAAUCUCUCCGUCCCGAGAACGAUAUCUUCUUCGUGAUCAAAGCAUUCGCCGCGGGCGUCAUACUGGCGACGGGAUUCAUCCACAUACUUCCCGACGCUUUCGAGAACCUGACCUCGCCGUGUCUGGAUGAGAACCCGUGGGGGAAUUUUCCAUUCGCCGGAUUCGGGGCGAUGCUUGGCGCCCUCGGGACGUUGAUGGUGGAUACUUUAGCCACGGGUUAUUUUAAACGGGCGGCGAGGGCGGUGGGCGAUGAGCUCAAAGGGGACGUGGAGAUGAGUGGGCCCGGAGGGGAUCGUGGGGUCCACGUCCACGCCACCCAUGGGCAUGCUCAUGGGCCCGCCGCCUUGGAGGCGGACGAGGGGCCCCAGAAGCUCGUGCGCCAUCGCGUCAUCUCUCAGGUGCUGGAAUUGGGCAUCGUCGUUCAUUCGGUCAUAAUUGGGAUUUCGUUGGGUGCAUCAGAGACUCCUGCGACCAUAAGGCCACUGAUAGUUGCUUUAAGCUUUCAUCAGUUCUUCGAGGGCGUAGGCCUUGGAGGAUGUAUUGCGCAGGCUAAAUUCAAAGUCCGACCAAUGGCAACAAUGAUACUCUUCUUCUCGCUCACUACUCCAGUUGGAAUAGCAAUAGGUUUUGGAAUAUCAUCUGUUUAUAAUGAGGAUAGUCCUACUGCUCUAAUUGUUGAAGGCAUUCUCAAUUCAGUAGCUGCAGGAAUUUUAAUCUAUAUGUCUCUUGUUGAUCUUUUAGCAGAGGACUUUAUGAAUCCAAGGGUACAAAGCAAUGGAACGCUACAAUUUGAGAUAAAUGUCUCUUUACUUAUAGGAGUGGGCUUAAUGUCUCUUCUUGCUAAAUGGGCUUAGAAUGAAGUAAAAAAAAUGGAGAGAUGAAUACAUACGUAGUUAUAUAAUUUUUUUUCUAAUUUUUUUCUUUUCCUUUAUUUUCCUCCUCAAUGCCCAUGUAUUAUUGAUGAUAUAGAGGGAGAUGUUUUCCAUUUUUUUCCAUGCUCCUCUUGUAAAGCAAGGAAAUUAGGCUGAUUAUAUAACUUAUAGAAUG